AUGUCGGGCGCAAGACAUUGGGAACAAGACAAAGAGGCAACGGUCUAUAUUGGCAACCUCGAUGAGCGCGUAACAGAUAGCCUGGUCUGGGAGUUGAUGCUCCAAGCCGGUCGGAUUGUCAAUGUUCACUUACCCAAAGAUCGAGUUACUCAAGCACACCAGGGCUAUGGGUUCGUGGAGUUCAUUAGCGAAGAAGAUGCUGAAUAUGCGGCUCGAAUUAUGAAUCAAGUGCGCCUCUAUGGAAAGCCGAUCCGCGUGAACAAGGCGUCUGCAGAUAAGCAGAAGACUGUGGAAGUCGGUGCAGAACUGUUUGUGGGCAAUUUAGAUCCGAUGGUCACUGAACAAGUGCUAUAUGACACGUUCAGCAGGUUUGGCUCUUUGCUCUCUCUACCUAAGGUCGCCAGAGACGAUGCGAAUUUAUCAAAAGGCUAUGGCUUUGUGUCAUUCUCCGAUUUCGAAUCCUCCGAUACAGCGAUCACUAAUAUGCACGGCCAGUAUCUUAUGAAUAAGGAAAUAUCAGUUCAGUAUGCUUAUAAAAAGGAUGGAAAAGGCGAGCGACAUGGUGAUGAAGCAGAGCGAAUGCUGGCUGCCCAAGCUCGCAAGCACAAUGUUCAGCCUCAAACUCAACCACUACAGCCGCACCUUAUGGGUUCAGGAGCUCCAAUUGUCGCCGGGGGCAUGGUCAAUGGAGAUGCGGCGCGUCCUUUGCCCCCUUCUACACCUACCGACUUCGGUACCGGCAGAGGCGCCGUGCCUAUGCAAGUUCCCCAACAAGCACGACCUGGGCCUCCUGCACAGCCAUUAGCCGCACCGCCACCAGGUUUGCCAGCGCGACCACCUCCUUCUCAAGCAGGAUACGGUGGUCCACAAGGGUUCAUGCCUCCGGGCUUCAACAAUGCGGCACCACAGUCGAAUUUCAAUCAGGCUCCGGCACCACCUGGAUUCGCUCCAGCUCCUAGUUUCGGAGGUGUGCCUUCACAAGCAACACCUCCACCACUACCUCCGGGCUUCCAACCACCUGGCUAUGGAAGGGCCCGAUGA